AUGCUCGACGAGCAACUGACACACGCGCUGCGUGUGCGAGAGGCCGAGGGCCGACGACGACGACUGCUUCUUUCUGACGCGGCAGAAGCAGAGCGGCUUGCGCGUCUCGUUGAUUUUUCAUCAAACGAUUACGUGUCGGUAGCUCGGAAUCCGCGCGUCCGCCGCGCAUGGCUCGAGCGGCUCGGCGCGUCUGACGAGGCGUUUGGCAGUACGGGCAGCCGUCUUUUGGAUGGCGAUUCCACGACACAUACCCAGCUUGAGCACAAGCUUGCCGCAUACUUCCAUGCACCGGCUGCGCUCUUAUGUAACACGGGCUUUGACGCGAAUGUCUCCCUGCUGUCUACGAUACCCCAACCAGGCGACGCGAUUGUCUAUGACGAACUCGUCCAUGCGAGUAUGCACGAUGGCAUGCGCAAGUCGCGCGCACAGACGUGUGUCGCAUUUCGGCACAAUGAUCCUGCUGACCUCGACCGCGUUCUUACGAAUUUGCGUCCGCACAACAAUGUAUUUCUGGCGCUCGAGAGCGUGUACAGUAUGGAUGGUACGAUCUGCGCACUGCCAGACCUCAUAAAGGUGCUUGAGCGGCAUGCGCCCCAUCGGAAUACGCGGCACAUUCUUGUCGACGAGGCGCAUGGAGCGGGCGUGUAUGGCCAGGGUGGCCGUGGCGUUUGUAAUGCACUGCAUUGUCAUGUCUCGGCCCGACUCGUCACGUUUGGCAAGGCUUUUGGAUGUGCGGGGGCCGUGCUGCUCGUUCCCGUGCUAUGGCGCGAGUAUUUGCUGAACUAUGCUCGGCCGCUCAUCUACUCUACAGCCCUGCCACCCAGCCAGGCAGCUGCCAUCGAUGUCGUCAUCUCGGCCUGGGAACGUGGCGAGAUGGAGGCAGCCGUACAGAUGCUACACACGCGUGUGGCUGAGCUGUACACGGCCCUUGGUCUGCGCAGCGACGCGGCCUUACCGCCCGCCCCGAUCGUGCAGGUACGCAGUGCGCACGCCAAGCGACUCGCUGCCCACGUCCAAGCCGCCGGCUUUUUGGUUCGGGCCGUGUGUUAUCCCACCGUUCCACGCGACAAGGAGCGCGUGCGUGUAUGUGUGCAUGCGCAUAACACGGCAGAAGACGUAGCUCGUCUCGCUCAUGUGCUGCGCACGUUGUCGUUGUUAUGA